AUAUUUUUUGGUUUUUCUUUCAGGGUCAAAGCCAAAGUGGUAGUCAUGGAGCUGGAGGUGGUAAGAAAGAUGAUAAGGAUAAGAAGAAGAAAUAUGAACCUCCUGUGCCAACCCGAGUGGGAAAGAAAAAGAAGAAAACGAAAGGGCCUGAUGCAGCCAGCAAGUUACCCCUCGUGACUCCUCACACACAAUGCAGACUCAAGUUACUGAAACUGGAAAGGAUAAAAGAUUAUCUGUUAAUGGAAGAAGAAUUCAUCAGAAAUCAGGAGCAAAUGAAACCGCUGGAAGAAAAACAAGAGGAGGAAAGGUCUAAAGUGGAUGACCUGAGAGGGACACCGAUGUCUGUGGGCACGCUGGAGGAAAUCAUAGACGAUAACCACGCCAUUGUGUCGACCUCUGUGGGCUCUGAGCAUUACGUCAGCAUCUUAUCGUUUGUGGAUAAAGACCUGCUUGAGCCUGGCUGCUCAGUCCUACUCAACCAUAAGGUGCAUGCUGUGAUUGGUGUACUGACAGAUGACACAGAUCCACUGGUGACUGUUAUGAAAGUGGAGAAGGCUCCACAGGAGACGUAUGCUGAUAUCGGUGGCUUAGAUAGCCAGAUCCAAGAAAUCAAGGAAUCUGUAGAACUUCCACUCACCCAUCCUGAAUAUUAUGAAGAGAUGGGAAUUAAGCCUCCUAAAGGAGUUAUUCUGUAUGGAGCUCCUGGCACAGGUAAAACUUUACUAGCCAAGGCUGUAGCGAACCAAACCUCGGCCACCUUCCUGCGAGUGGUUGGUUCGGAGCUCAUCCAGAAGUACCUGGGAGAUGGGCCGAAACUUGUACGUGAACUGUUCCGAGUUGCAGAAGAACAUGCUCCGUCCAUCGUGUUCAUUGAUGAAAUCGAUGCCAUUGGCACAAAGAGGUAUGACUCCAAUUCCGGUGGGGAGCGGGAAAUCCAGCGUACGAUGCUGGAGCUUCUGAACCAGUUGGAUGGGUUUGACUCCCGGGGAGAUGUGAAAGUUAUCAUGGCCACAAACAGGAUAGAAACACUGGACCCAGCUCUCAUCAGGCCAGGGAGGAUUGAUCGUAAGAUUGAAUUUCCUCUUCCGGAUGAAAAGACCAAGAGACGUAUCUUCCAGAUCCACACUAGCAGAAUGACAGUAGCACAAGAUGUGAGCCUGGACGAGCUGAUACUGGCUAAAGACGAUCUGUCUGGGGCAGAUAUUAAGGCUAUCUGUACAGAAGCUGGUUUGAUGGCCCUGCGUGAGCGAAGGAUGAAGGUUACCAACGAAGACUUCAAGAAGUCAAAGGAAAAUGUCUUGUACAAAAAGCAAGAGGGCACACCUGAAGGAUUGUACCUUUAACCUUUGAUUAGAUUCCUUGCAUCAACCAACCAACCUUCCUUUUGCUGCAAAAGUUCUUUGAGACUUUCCAGAUGUGGGGGUUUGAGAUCGGAGGUUUUACGUAAUUUUUUUUUGGCAAGGCUUAUAAUGUGCUCCUAGAUCGGCAAGAACGUAAACGUAUAAGUCCUAUCUUAGUGAAUAAAGUGUUGCCUGUAUGCGUUUUGAUAUGA